AAGUACACAUGACCUCAGGCUUCUUAAAUCGGUGCGGCUGUACUGAUGUGGAAUCCCAGACAGCAUCAAGUCUAAAAUUGACGCAUAAGAUAUAUCAUUAGGAGAUCUUUAAGAUAACUUUAUAAGAAAUCUUAUAAUAUGAUAUCAAAAAAAAAGAUCUUAAAGAUAUCUUAUGCACCAAUUUUGAACUUGGUCUGAGAUGUGAUAAGCGCCGUGAUAUAAGCAGCAGUGAGAUAAUUAAUAAUUCACGAUGAGCCGAGGAACCAGUACAGUUUACGGCGGACCGUUACGCGAAACAGAUGGAAAUCAAAAGUGAAGUAUCUAAUCGAAGUGCGCCGAUUUGACCGUCAAUUCUCUUCCAGACUCUUAGGUGCCUCCGAGUUCAAAAACCGACGCGAAAUCGCGCGUAAAUUCGCAUAAAAAUCGUGAUAAAAAUCGCUUUUUUUUAACUGGAUGUAAAUAGGAAAUCGUGAAUCGUCCCUUGUGUCUUCAGGGGAGAAGAUAAGAGAAAAAGAGUUUUAUUUUAUCGCCAUGGAGUCCAUCAAGAAAACUAACGUCAACAGCGUCAAAUCCUCCGAGGAAAUUAACGCGGAAUCGGUCGCGAAUGGAUUUCACGAAAAAGUGGAUAACGGAAACGUGGACAUUUAUUUACGUGAGACGACCGCCGAUGGAUUGCGAAAAAGUAUGCAGGAAAUGAGGGAGAACAUUUUGGCACAAGUUAACGAUCGUAUUAACGAUGUGAUAGCCGAGGUUCUGCAAGGAUUUGAGACUUCUAUCAAGAGAGAACCGUCUAACAAGGAUAAAUAUCGUGAUAAAAGACAAUCUAAUAAAGAAGGUGCACUCCCAGAUAAAGAGUUUCUUGCCAGAAACUCGCUGCUCGACGAUCUCUUCAAGAUUACAGACAUUCGCACGGUUUACAAUUUCUUCGUAGUGACUUUCAUACUUUUCUUGUUCAGCACCGUCGUGAACGACAUCCUGGAUGAGGGAUCAUUGGUGAUCGGGACCAUGACGAUACGCACAGCUUUCGCCAAAUUUCCGACUUGUCUCUAUAUUUGGUCGUUCAUGCAGAUCUCGACAAUCAGUGUCUACAUUCCUUUCAAUCUUUGGGCCUAUCAGCGACUCCAGUUUUCACCAAAAUCUACCACCCGGAAGUUUUGGGAUUAUAGCUUCCUGAUAAUCUUUAUAAUAUACAUGAUUUUCUUUAUACAUAUUCCUGUCACGGUGAUGCGAGAGGAUCUAGGCAUAGCUAGCAGCUUAGUUAUACUCUCGGAACAACUGCGCCAGAUGAUGAAGAGUUAUGCUUUCGUUAGAAGCGUGGCGCCCAGGUUUAUAUCUUACAAACCUCACAGUGAUGUUCCGCAACCGAAUGGACCCGGAUUCUCGCAAUAUUUGUACUUCCUAUUCGCACCGACUCUCAUAUAUCGUGAUAAAUAUCCGAGAACAAACAGAAUCAGAUGGAUAGUGGUAAUAAAAAAUUUUGCCGAGGUUGGCCUGAUAAUCUUUUAUGGGGCUUUUGUCACGGAGCAUCUCGUAGGCCCAAAUUUCGAAAUGUUUGGUAAACAACCUGUAGAAUUGAAGUGGGUCGUAAAGAGGACUAUCGAAGCAACCAUCCCGGGAAUCAUUUCCUUCAUCCUCGGACAUUACGUCCUAUUGCACUCGUGGAUGAACGCCUGGGCGGAGAUGUUGCAGUUCGCUGAUCGACUGUUUUAUAAGGAUUGGUGGAAUUCCACGUCCUACCGCAUGUAUUACCGCACAUGGAACGUGGUGGUACACGACUGGCUCUACACCUACAUCUACAAGGACAUAUACGAGAUCGUGAUGCCACGCAACAAGACUGUUGCGACCCUCGUCGUUUUCCUCGUCUCCGCCGCCUUUCACGAGUACAUUCAGGUGUUCGCAUCCCGCUUCUUCUACCCGGUAUUGUUUAUCUUAUUCGCCGGCUGCGGCUUCGCCGUCGUCUUCAUCGGCAGAACCGUCGUCAGCAAUGUCUUCAUAUGGCUGACCCUCUGCCUCGGAGGCGGCAUCAUGAUUAGCACCUACACGAUGGAGUACUUCGCUCGACGAAACUGUUCACCUUACUUCAAUUACUACAUGGACCUGCUCGUACCGCGAAGCUGGGUCUGUCAGACGCAGUUCGCCUCGUAGAUGGUCUAAUUUCGACCUUCAGCGGUGUGAAAAUUCUCUAUUCCUGCUUUAUUAUCAAACUCAGACUGCUUCAAAAUGGGAACCCAAAAUCAGGACACAAAUUUCCUUUAGAUAUCGUUCCAAGUAGCAAACUGGCGUCAUUAAACGUCAAAAUGAUGUCAUCGACGUCAAAAUGACAUAUGCUUGCUACUUGGGUACUGUAGAAACAAGUUCUAGAAAUUUAUUUGGAUUAAGCUCUUUUAUUAUAAACUCGGUAUAAAUUAUUAUUCGGUGUUAUAAUGAAGAAUCAAUGAGAGUUAAAAGCUAUUAAAAUGAAAUGAGUAAUUUAUUAGAAUUCUUGAAAUUAUUUAUGAGAGAGGCUUUUUGAUGAUUCUGUCAUUUUUUUCAAUUAAAAUUCAAUUAAUCAAUUAAAAUUUGAAUCGAAAUGUUGCUCAUUUCUGUAUUUAUUGUAUGAUUUUAGAAUUAC